UUUCCUCACUCGUUACGUCACGAGGGUGUUUCCUCCCUUCAGUCUCAUCAGUCAGCGGUACGAAUAGCUUCAGUCGUCCUCAAAACUCAGCCAACAUCUCCACCAUGUCGGACUACUCAGAGGAUCAGAUCAUGGAGUUCAAGGAGGCGUUCCUUCUGUUCGACCGGACGGGCGACGGGAAGAUCAGCUACAGCCAGUGUGGGGACGUCAUGCGGGCCCUGGGCCAGAACCCGGUCAACGCAGAGGUCCUCAAGGUGCUGGGGAACCCCAAGUCAGAAGAGAUGAACUACAAGAUGCUGGACUUUGAGCAGUUCCUGCCCAUGCUGCUGGCCAUCGCCAAGAACAAGGACCAGGGCUCGUUCGAGGACUUCGUGGAGGGUCUGCGCGUCUUCGACAAGGAGGGCAACGGCACCGUCAUGGGGGCGGAGCUCCGCCACGUCCUCACCACGCUGGGGGAGAAGAUGUCUGAAGAGGAGGUGGAGACCCUCUUGGCCGGACACGAAGACACCAACGGCUGCAUCAACUAUGAAGCUUUUGUCCGGCAGAUCAUAUCCGGAUGAGCAGAGGAACUCGUCAGGAUGGUGAUGAGCGGUUGAAGAUCUCUGCACGCUUCGGUCUUAAGUGUUUCCCUGAAUAUUAAUGUUUGUCUCCGUCUUGCUGUCCACGUCACGUCCCCAAACAGAUUCCAUGUUUGUUUUUGACAUCCUUUUAUUUGAUUUCAAAAGUGCCUUUUGCAUGUCCUAUGUUGAAGAGACCAUACCAUUUCAUUUCCACAUCAUUCCUCCUCACGGAGAUGCAUGUUAGGAUGCAGAUCAUUGGCACCACAUUGGCAAUAACAUUCCCUUGAUUAUUUGUACACAUUCCUUCCCUGUCACUUUUGUAGCCAACUAGCUAUGUUGAUUUUUAUAGAGCAGAUGCAUGUUCAUUGGCUAAGGCAAGCUGUAACCAAGACUUGUUUAUCCGAACCAGGGAAAUCAUGGAAGUGAUACUGUAGGAUGGCAGGCUGCAUUGAACAGUAUUUAAUAAAGAACCAACUUUUUAAAAGGAUUUUCUUCGUUUUUUUUGAGUUGGC